AUGUUCAAGUGUUUGCCGUUUGUGAAGCCUUGCGGAAAGCAGGUCGACCACAUAGACCGCAGGCAUGCGAAGCUUGAACAUGUUCCGGACGAGGUUAUGCGUAAUUUUCGUACCCUCGAAGAGUGUCGUCUGGACGCGAACCAGAUUAAAGAACUGCCCAAGAAUUUCUUCCGACUGGAGCGCAUUCGUUACCUUACCCUGAGUGAUAACGAUAUAACAGAAAUUCCUCCAGGUGUUGGAAAGUUCUCUCAUUUGAUUGAACUGGAUAUAAGUCGCAAUGAAAUUUCGGUUUUACCUACAAGCAUUCGAUUCUGUGACUCGCUACAAAUCGUCGAUAUCAGCAAUAAUCCCUUGCACAGUCUUCCCGCCGGAUUUUGUCAACUUUCCAAGCUUCGCAUUCUGUGCAUGAAUGAUAUUUCGCUUACAGAACUGCCAACUGAUUUCGGAGAACUCCACUUACUUGAGAAGUGUGAACUCCGGGACAAUUGUCUCAAGUCACUACCCGACUCUUUCGCGCAAUUGGUUCGCCUUGAGUUCCUCGACCUGGGUUCGAAUGAAUUCCAAGAGAUGCCUACCGUUCUUGGGCAGUUGGUCAACCUGACCGAACUGUGGAUGGAUGAUAAUGAACUGAAAGCCUUGCCGCCGGAAGUUGGCAACAUGCAGCGAUUGCAGCAACUGGAUUUGUCCGAGAACGCGAUCAACGCUCUUCCGGAUGAGAUAGGUGGUAUGGUAUCGUUGUGCGAUUUGAAUUUGUCGCAAAACAAUCUGAACUGUUUGCCAAACACGUUCGGCCAACUGAAAAAGUUGACUGUACUGAAGUUGAAUCAGAACCAGCUUUUGACACUGACACCUUCGAUUGGCGGGUGUUCCGGUUUACAAGAAUUGUAUCUAACAGAAAACUUUCUCCCCACCAUGCCGACGACUAUUGGCAAUUUGACAUCAAUGUUCUUGUUAAACGUUGACCAGAAUCAGCUUACCGACUUACCAGUGGAGAUUGGCAAGUGCACCUCACUAAACAUUCUGUCACUUCGAGAGAAUUUGCUCCGUCGCAUUCCGAAAGAGAUUGGCAACUGUCUGCGACUACGUGUGUUGGACGUUUCGGGCAACCGACUAGAACGACUCCCUUUGACUUUGGCUCAGUGUCCACUCGCGGCGUUGUGGCUUUCUCCCAACCAAUCACAGCCGGUUAUAACCCUUCAGAGGGAUGUAGAUGAGAUCACACAGGAACAAUUUCUAACCUGCUACCUGCUGCCACAGGAUCAGCUGACGUCCCACAUAGAGCUUGAUCCAACCAUGACUCCAUCCGAAUUGGCCAGCCUAACUGCCCCCCUGGGACCCGCAACUGACUCUACUCGUCCGAUUCCAGAUACGGAAGCCAUCCAGACAGAAACCAACUACGCCUAUGAGCCUGCUCAUUCUAUCCUAUCCGGUCUUUCUCACACACCACUGCGUUGGACUGAUGAUCAACCUGGAGCCCGCCCAGUUAGUGUGAAUUCAUCCACUACCAGUGGUACUCGUAUGCCUUCGGCCCCGGUUAGUCCUACCGGCUUAGAUGGACCAGGAAGCAUCUAUAAACCAUCAACAACUACUCGUUUCUCUCCUUCCCCUCGGAACUCACUCUCUGUACAGUCUGGUGAUAUGGAUCCCAACAACUCCGGCUUCUCUCGUGUUCACUUCUCUACUAACGCAAAACAGGAUGAAUCGAAAGCUCUUGGGAAAGGGUUCCCCAAGACUCGGCAUCCACGAAUUUCCAGGAAGUCCGCGGAUGGAGUGUUGCCCAAUAGAGAAGAAAGACGGUCGAUUGAUUCUGCUACGUACGGCGAACACCAGAUGAGUGACGCGAAUAGUCCCACAGAUUCGGUCCAUAAAGUGGCCUCGCCCAUCAUCAAUGGUCAUAGUCAGGCCAAUGGCCCCCAAACGUCUCGGUUCCCCGGUUUCGACUACUGGAAAAAUGCAGACGGAUCCUACCGAUCCUCUCCGCAUCCCGGACUCGAUGGGGAUUAUCGCGACUCCGCUGUGGAGGAGUCUUCAGAAGAAGAGGCUCGGGGUCCCACACCCCCUAAAUCUCCCCGCGUCGGAUCGAAGGUUGUUGUCGACUCAACUCCUCAUGCAAAACCUAGAAAUAAGGUCUUCAAUGCUCCCAAUGUAGUUGUAUCAGAGGCCUCCCCUGGACUUGUGGAUCACUCGAGGAAGUCCCCCAGAUUACGAGAUUCUUCAAAAGAAUCGCGCCCCUCAAGGUUGGAGACGAAUGAAGUGGCCAGACUGAGCGUACAGGACAAUCUGGAUGAAGAAGCGUAUAGCAGUGGUGGUGAGGAAAUUUGUGUUAUCUCACGACGAGUUGGAUUCACAGAUGAUGUCGAGGACAAUGAGGAGAAGUCGAACCAGAAGUUGAUCCGUCGUGACACACCGCACUACACCAAACGUGCGCGGAUUCAAUCCAAAACCGCUGAUGGGGUGGAUAGCGAAGAGGCCGUACUAAAAAUUCUAGCAAAAUAUCAGGGAUCCACUUCACAACAUCCAGGAGCGUCGGAUACUUUCGUCGACAGAGCCGACGGCACCCUGAGAAUGUUGGCAGCCGCCAUUUCCACCUCAAUCGCUGAUUCAACUGCCCAUGGUAGUGAGCGCGUGUCAACUGCCCUCCCAAGCGCGACAGUUGCAGAUAUCACACGCAGACCACAGCAGCAGAUGGUUGUCGUUAUCCGACGUCAACCCGGUUCCGGCCUGGGUCUCAGCAUCGCCGGUGGAGUCGGGUCUAUUCCCUAUCAGGGCACCGACCAGGGCAUCUUCGUCAGUCGACUCAAUCCGGAUGGAUUGGCGUUUUCAUCCGGUCUUCGGCUGAAUGACAAGAUCCUUGAGGUGAACGGGACUUCUCUGGUCAAUGUGGAACACCAUGUGGCAGUCGGUGCUCUCCGAGCUAACACAGAUGAAUUCCGCAUCGUUAUCUCCCGCGAGGCCACAAACCCUGUCGACGGUGUGCCUCCGUCUUCCAGUAUUUUGUCCGCGAACGUUUUGCCUACACUUUCCUUUCCGUCGGGCACAAAUCGCCUUACCCCCACCGACUCGGCCUUCCAACACAUCAAAUGCACUAUUCAUCGCGAACCAAGUGGCCUGGGAUUUAGCAUUGCGGGAGGUCGUGGAACGCUACCCACUUCAUUAGACCAUGGGCAAAUUACCAUCAGCAAAAUAACUGAGGGCGGUGCCGCAAGCAAGUGCGGCAAUUUGCGGGUCGGGGACCAGUUAAUUAAGGUCAAUGGAAUCGAUGUGAAAGAUGCCAGGCACGAUCAGGUUAUAGCGCUGUUGACCGGCUCGGGUAGUUCUGUCGAUCUAGAGCUUCUGCGUCCUUUGCCCCAAUUCGCAAAACCAACCACACCUUCAACCACCACUGCCGCGAACGGUCAUGUGUGUUCGUUGGGGCAAGAGAGGUCCAGCUAUUUGAGCACGGUGAAUACCUCCCACCCGUCCCCGAAAACAAAGGAAUCCUGGCUUGGUGCGACACCAGGUUUCACUAACAACCCAUUACCUUCUGGUAGUGUAGCGGAACAACAGCCAGUUCGGUUAAGAACAGAAAACGGAUAUGCUGUGGACCAAGUUACUAUCCGAUCGAAUGGUGGACCUCUGGGACUGGCCAUCUACGGUGGAUCAGAUAUUAACUGCUUGCCCUUUGCGGAUAAAGAACCAGGAGUCUUCAUCUCGAAGAUUUCGACGGACGGAGCAGCCCAACAUACGGGACUUCGUGUCGGUGACAGAAUUCUUCGAGUCAACGAUAUCGACCUUCGUCAUGCUACGCAUGAUAAGGCUGUGCGCGCCCUGAUACAAACCACUAAGGAGUUAAAAUUGGAAGUUCGGCGCGAUCCAACUCCGCCAGGUCUUCGGCGCUUAUCAAUCAGCCGGCGUGUAGGGGAACGAUUUGGUUUGCGAAUUGCUGGCGGUGUGCCUCCGGUCACUGAGGAAGACUCGUCUCGUAACGCUCAACUUUCCUCCUCCUUGUCCAACAACGGCAGUAUUUUCGUGACCUGGAUCUCUCCUGACGGUGCGGUCGGUCGCGACGGUCGUUUGAAGCCCGGGGAUCGUCUGCUUGAAGUAAACGGACAUUGGAUGAUGGGAAAUACAUUAGCUGAUGCGUUAGAAGUGUUUCGCAAAGCCGGUCCCACCCUCAAUUUGGUUGUAUGUGAUGGAAGUGUGGAUUUUGUUCUUCCGAGCAAACCCAGUUCACCAACUGAUAACGAUGGUCCCGUUUCCGUAACUGUGCUGGGUCAGCCGGCGGUCGGCGGUCAUUUGGCUGGAUCUACUGUGGAUCACCUUGAUGAAAUGUCUCACGACUUGCAUUCCAUCGCCGCGUACAGUGAUGCAAAGCGCCAAUCGCGCCUAGUCCUGGUGGUCGAUCAUUCGAUCGAUUUCCACCUCAGCAAAACUCAGUCAAUCACUGAUCUGUUUUAAUCGGAUGCCUACACCUAUACAUACACUCAUACACGAAGGAAACUCCUAGUAUGCUCUGUCUCCGUCUCGGACAGCACUGUCGUCGCGUGACUAGCUGCAUCUGAAUCAUCCGAUGCCAACAGUCACCAAAUCAAUGUGCUUUCCUUGCCUUAUGUAGAUUUUGACACCUUACUGCUGUACCUGCCUUCUGUGCGUACAAUAUCAUCUGGGUUCAGCAUCAUCGCUAACCCCUAAUCAUCGGCCUAGCUGUGUACAUAAAUCCCAAUUAACUACGGAUAAUGAGUCUGCCUUUAUUCGACACAUACUGGAUUACUGGAGCUUCCGGCUUUGCCGCCUACCUUGACGUUCCAUCCCCGUCCGCAACACACCGCCAAUUUGUCCCUUCCGAUUUUAUUCCGCGUUAUUGCUCUCGUUUGAUUGAAAGAAGGCUUAUUCCACCCACAUGCGCGCCUUCGAGGCAUCGUCCGUGAGCUAAACUCACGCAUGCAUUGUCAAUUGUAUUGACUUUCAUAAUCUCCUCCCUCUGAAUGAUUCCUCUUGCUUACGUGCUACAAC